AAAGAGGACUCUGUGUUCUGUGUCGUGACUGUCUGCUCGGCUCUGCCUGCAAGAACUCCGGAAGCAAGUCUCGAGAUGGAGAAAGAGGCUGCAACAUCCGCGCGAUCAUCACCGGCAUCCCCCUGCCGCGCGCCAGGAAAUGGGCGGUCCCAGGGAAAGCUCGAGCGUGGCGCUGCGUGGGCAGCGGCUCGUAAAGGGAGCGGGUAUUUAACGGAGAGGCGGAGAGCUCGCAGACACCGAACAGGAGCUCAGGAGCAGCAUCGGAGCCACUCUUUGUUUCAGAACCACAGCGAGCGGACAGCGACACUCAACACAAAACCUGCAACAUGGUUCUCAUCUGGACUCAGUUUGGUGUGAAGCAGAAAAACGGCAAUGUCAAGUGCAAGGUGCGGGUUAUGCACAGAGGAGACAGCUCCGGCUCUUCAUCAUCAGCGGAGAGCACCAAGUCUGAGCAAGACGCGCCCUGCCUGUCCAUCAAGCCCCCCGGCAAAGACUUCUACAAAGUCCUCGGCGUCGCCCCCGAAUCCAACGAGGAUGAGAUCAAGAAGGCUUACAGGAAGAUGGCUCUCAAGUUCCACCCGGACAAGAACAGCGAUGCCGACGCAGAGGACAAGUUCAAGGAGAUCGCCGAGGCCUACGAGAUCCUGACAGACCCCAAAAAGAGAAGCAUCUACGACCAGUUCGGCGAGGAAGGUCUUAAAAAUGGAAUUUCAACAAGCCAAAGCAACCUCUUCCGCAACAACUUCCCCAGCGACCCCCACGCCUCCUCAAACUUCCACAACUCAGACCACUUCGACAUCUUCUUUGGCAGCGACGGUGACUGCGAAGACGACCUCUUCAACCCCUUCAGGAAGUUCACCUUCAGCAACCUGGGCGGGUUCGCCAGCCACGAGGCCAGCCAGCGGAAAGGCCAGCGGGGGCUGCAGGCCGAAGCCGUGGUGCACGAGCUACCCGUGACCCUGGAUGAGGUGAUGCAGGGCUGCACGAAGCAAGUAAAGAUUACCCGCAGUCGCCUCAACCCUGACGGCCAGAGCCUGCGAUCGGAGGAGAAGGUGCUGAACGUGGUGGUGAAGAAAGGCUGGAGAGCCGGAACCAGGAUCACCUUCCCCAGGGAGGGAGACGAGACGCUUAACAGCGCCCCCACAGACAUCACCUUCGUCCUCAGAGACGAAGACCACCCAAACUACAAGAGAGAUGGCUCAAACAUCGUCUACACCGCCCAGAUCACCCUUAAAGAGGCUCUCUGCGGCUGCACAGUCAAUGUCCCGACACUCGACAACCGGAUGAUGCCCCUGCCAUGCAGUGAUGUCAUCAAGCCCGGCGCCGUCCGGCGGCUGAGGGGCGAGGGCCUGCCUCUGCCUAAGAGCCCAUCGCAGCGAGGUGACUUGGUGGUGGAGUUCCAGGUGCUCUUCCCCGACAGGAUCCCGCCUCAGUCCCGCGAGAUCAUCAAGCACAGCCUGGGCCAGUGCUAGUCCGACACCGUGCCUCACCGUGCGUCCUCGGUAUCGGCCCACAACCACAGCCUUGCCUUCGGUGCUACUAUCACAACCAAUCACAACCUCCUUUUUUGUGUUUGGAAACGGCAAGCGGCGCAGAGCAAGAAGGUCAAACCAGAUGACUCUCUGCGGGGGGUUUGGCACAAAGCACAACUCUGAUGUCACAAGGGUGCAGAACUCACGAACUGUGUCUUUUACUGUCAGAAGUAGCCUUCUCCUGACCGAAAAGGUUAUCUGUACUGUAAUAGUUUCAAACUGACGGCAGGAUUUCAGUGUGCUAAUCAAGUCUGUAACGACUUCCUUAAACCUGAGCGGUAGAAAGAAGUGAGGAAAAAAAACAACUAUAUCUUCUUCUUCUUUUUCUUCUUUAUAUUAUUAUAGUUAUAUGGAGCUCAUAUGACUAAACUUUUGCAUUGAUUUAUUACAAUAGCAUAAUGUACUUGUGUGCAAAGGUCUACUUUGUGUGCAAAAAUAAAAUAGUUGUCUCUAAAAGAGAUUCAAUUGUCAAAUGUUCUAUUGAAUUAUUAGAAACGUUUUGUAUAUAUUCUGAACUAAUACUGCUGCUGAUGUAUUACUACCUUGUUCUAAAGCAUGAAAAAUAAAAUAAAAAAAUUUCAAAAAUUUUA